AACAACACUUUUAGUCUGUCUAUCAGCAAGUAGAACGCGGGCGUCAAGUACGAAAUAGUAUCCGCAAUGUCUAAUCUAGCCGCAAAAAAGUUUGGCCCGCAGACGAUGGAGCUGAAGAAGGAAAGCCCGGAGACGUCCUACCAAAUUAAGGCCGAAGUUGCGAGUGUUGAGGCAAAAAACGUUCUGGAAUUCCUCGGAGAAAAACCACGGGCAAAUGAAGAAGACGUCGCGUUUGUGAUGAGACAGACCCUUGACGCCCUCAAGUACCUCCAUGGCCUAAAGAUCGUCCAUCUUGAUGUCAGGCCCGCAAACAUCCUGGUAAAGAAGGACUACACUCUCAAGCUGAUCGACUAUGGAUGUGCUCGUAGGAUCGUCAACGACACUGGAGACUUGGUGGAUGCUAUUGGUGUCACAGAGUUUUCUGCGCCUGAGCUUCUGAACAUGGAUCCCGUGUGCUGGGCAGCUGAUAUGUGGAGUAUCGGUGUACUCAUGUACAUUAUGUUGAGUGCCACUUUGCCAUUCACAUCAGAAGAUGAGGAUGAAAUUACAGCGGCAGUUACAGCAGUGGACUACGACAUGCCCGCAGACAAGUUUGGAAAAGCCACCGAUGAAGCCAAGAAUCUUGUCAAGAAGUGUCUGGUGCGAGUCCCUGAGAAGCGUCCCACUGCUGUUCAAGUACUGGAGGGAGAUUGGUUAUCCAAUAACAAUUCUCAAAGAAGGAAGACAACUGAUAUUCCUUCGAGUAAAUUCAAGGAACUGAACCAAGCUCUACAAGACGCGGACAAGGAAGAGGCUGUCGUUGCGUCAUGCACUCUGCGCACCUUCGAAGAGCAAGAAUACGAAUCCCCAGAUGAGGACGAAGAGUAAACCCAACAUCUUCACUCUCCCCUCCCUCCCUGGAACGAAAUUUGACCCUGCAACAAAAACAUGACUUUUUGAUGUUCUUUCAAAAGAGGAAAAAUUUUCAAGAUAUUUUUGUAUUAGAAUGAAAUAUUUCGGCUUCUAAUAGCUAAUGAAGAAAAUUAAUAAAUAUUUAGCUAAUAAAUAUAUAUUCUUGUCUUA